AUGGACCCUUUCGGGACGGUUGCUCAAAUCGCCUAUAUUGCCACAGGGGCUUUGGCUGGAGGGCUUUUGGCUUCUAAUUGCGCAUCAAUCUGGACAAUGUGCUAUAUCUCAAUUCAGAGGCAUCGGGCGAUAAUUUCGCCGCUAUCUACCGUCACCGACGCGCGACGUUCCGGGAUUUGGGCGCUGGUUGGGAUCGCCGCCGCCGCUUUGUUAUUCAACUCCCCAGUUUGGUUUGAAUUCUCGUGGUCGUUGGAGGAAGUGGUGACCGAAAAUGGGGAGAAGCGGCGCAUUCUGUGGCAUGCUCCUUCUGCGCUGGCGCAGAGUGCAACCUAUCGAUUCGUUGUGAGUUUUCAUUGCGUUUAUUCGCUUUUUUAACUAAAAUUUUCUUGCUUCCAAUGCGCUUUGCGACUUUUUGGACUUACUUUGGCAAGAAGGUUAGAAAAAGCUCAAAAUGAGUUCGAAUUUGAAAUCAGAAAGUGUCGCAGAGGCCAAAAAAGGGGUUUCUUUCAAAACCAAAGCCUUUUUUGUCUCUGCGACACUUUCCGAUCCCAAAUUCAAACUCAUUUUGAGCUUUUUCUAACCUUGUUCCAACCAAAGCCAGUUCAAAAACGAUAUCACCAGCAAUAUUUUCGCUGUCCGUUCUAAUAAUUUCCCUAAAUUUCCCACUUUUUCAGAACCGCCAAGUUCUCUACCCAAUCGCCGUCUACAUUGGGCCUUUAGUCUUAAUUUCGGUGCUCAACCUUCGGAUCUUGACGCACAUUUUCUCGGCCAGCAAGACAAUGGUGCAGUCCAUUGGGUACCAGCGGCGGAUGGAGAAGGAAAAGCGCGCCAUUUGGCUGCUCAUUUCCAUUGUGCUCUUCUUUUUCUUGUGUCAUACUGGUGAGCAUUGUCUUUUUUCUUACAUUACAGUAAUUAUCGUAUCUUUUUGGUGACAAAAAAAUGCUUCUUCUUCAAAAUUUUAAUACUAAAAUUUUCAGGUGGUCUUGUAAUUCGUUUUGUGGAUCACAGAAAGUACGGGAAUGAGCCUUGUUUCGUAUUUGCCAAAGAUUUCAUCAACUUUUUGUUCAAUAUCAACUCGUUUGUCAACCCAAUGGUAAGUCUUUCCAUUAUUUUUCCCCUUAUCUCUUUGGAAUUUGACACCUCUUGAGUAAACAAUUUCUUAUCAGAGGAAUUAAAAAAUUAAAUCAAAUACGUGUUAACUACCCGUUUUCGGGGUUCUCACCAAAAAAAUUUCGCGAUAUUCAAGCUUUUCUGACCAACGCAAACUCAAAAGGGAUACUGUAACUUACUUUGUGUUUGAAGCCGGGGGUGUGGUGAGAUCUGUCGAGUGCGUUUUGGGGACCCUAAAAGUAGUUUAUUUAGUGAAAAAAUCAACAGAAACAGCUUUAACAACAACAAGAUCGCGAGAACGCCUCGAAAUUCCAAAAAAAUCAACAAAAAGAGACAAAAAUACACAAAAAUCAUCAAAAAUAGACAAAAACCUUCAAAAACAAUAAAAAUGUUAGUCGAAAAAGGUCCUAAACCCCUUAAAAAUCUGUUAUAAACCCUCUAAUUAAUCUGCUUUCAGCUGUACUUCUUCUUCACAAAACAAUUCAAGGAUCUGCGGGUCAGCUUUACAUUCCUCAAACGGGACAGCCCGUCCCGGCUGCUACAAACAACUUGGCUGGAGAACGGCAACCGGGACAACUCCAUCACGAAGCGUCUGCUGAGUCGGCUUUCGUCGCGCUCGAUGGUGUCCAGGAGCAAGAGUAAUACCUCGAACCAAAUCUGAUCUCCCUAAAAUUGCAGUAUGCUAUCAGCCGAAGCCGCUGCGCGCCCAGAGCAUACACUGCCAGCCGGUGGCGGCGCAGAAACAGCGGCCGCGCAACUCAACCCUGGCCGUCUGUUGGAGCGACACGCGGCCGAUCGCGGCUUCCAAGAGCCGCUCUCAGGACAAUUUUGGUGGCUAA